UCCAGCUUGGGGACCUCCGGGGAGCCGGGCGGGACGUGGAUGUAAUUGGCCAUGGCCCAGGCUACGGCAGAGACUACCACAACUACGACGGCGACGGCGACCACGAGAACGGCGGGCGCCGACAGGCUGCUGGAUCCUUCCGUCCCGGGGCGCCCUCGCGGGAGGGCUGGGGGCGUUCAGAAUAACGGCAGAGCGGUAGGAGAACAGCUGGUGGCGGCACUCUCGCCGACCCAGGUCUGGAUAGCGGCUGAACUGACCAGCGACUGCUCACGGGGAAUAUCCGUCUCGUCUGCGCUCGGCCGCCGGCGGGCGCGGAGCAUGCCGGGACUGGCCUGACGCUGGCGUCACGCGCGGGGCGGGGCCUCGGCUGCGUUAGGAUCAAGGCGGGGUUUCUAGCCGCGGGCACAAUGGGCCUAGUGCCUGGAGUUAGGUUCCUCGGCCGUUAUCGGACAGUGCGAUGCCACCCUGCUCUCAUCAGCCGCUGGCCCGCCAUCUCCUUGAGCCCUAACACCAUGCCUUCAAUUAAGUUGCAGAGUUCUGGUGGAGAGAUAUUUGAAGUUGAUGUUGAAAUUGUGAAACAAUCUGUGACUAUUAAGACCAUGUUGGAAGAUUUGGGAAUGGUUGAUGAAGGAGAUGUUGGUCCAGUCCCCUUGCCAAAUGUUAAUGCAGCAAUAUUAAAAAAGGUCAUUCAGGGGUGCACCCACCACAAGGAUGAUCUGCCUCCUCCUGAGGAUGGUGAGGACAAAGAAGAGUGAACAGAUGAUAUCCCUGUUUGGGAUCAAGAAUUCCUGAAAGUUGACCAAGGAACACUUUUUGAGCUUAUAUUGGCAGCAAACUACUUAGACAUCAAAGGUUUGCUUGAUGUUACCUGCAGGACUGUUGCCAAUAUGAUCAAGGGGAAAAUUCCUGAGGAGAUUCGAAAGACAUUCAAUAUCAAAAAUGAUUUUACUGGGGCUUCCCUGGUGGCGCAGUGGUUGAGAGUCCGCCUGCCGAUGCAGGGGACAUGGGUUCGUGCCCCGGUCUGGGAAGAUCCCACAUGCCGCGGAGCGGCUGGGCCCGUGAGCCAUGGCCGCUGGGCCUGCGCGUCCGGAGCCUGUCCUCCACAAUGGGAGAGGCCACAGCAGUGAGAGGCCCAUGUACCACAAAAAAAAAAAAAAAAAAAAAGAU